CCCCAAACCAAUAGAAACAAUCACAAAAAUUAUAAUGGUUUCUACCACAAAUACCAUAACAAACCAUCAGCUAACCAUUAAAACCAUUACCAUUAUUGGCCCUUAAUGGUAUCCACUAGACAUUACAUGACACCAGUAGAAGGCAACAAAUUACCAGUAGAAACCCACAGUGACUAUUAUAGUUUCCAUUAAAACCAAUACAAUUCCCAUUAUAACUAUUAACGCCAAUACAAUUCCCAUUAUAACCAUUAAAACCAAUUCAAUUCCCAUUAUAACCAUUAAAAUCAUUAUAAAUUCUAUGAGGGUUUCUAUUGUUUUUUUUUUUUUUCCAGCAGGGUAGUCUUGCAUGUGAGAGGGAAAAUAUACAAAGACUGUGACUGGCGCAUUGUAGUAUAGGGAAAUAUAAAUGAAGUGCGUUUGGUGAACUUCAUCCAGCCGGCAUUAGGACCUCGUGGAUGUGGGUUUUCUCUCUUUUUGCACGAUGUCGACACGCGCUGAAAUAUGGAUAAUAAGUGUCCGUGUACGCGUAGGUUGGAGUCUAGUCCGCUCAGUCUGAAGGCGAUGACCACAAGCUCGGUGUGAAAGAGCACGAAAGCACGUGGUGAGGUGCGUCCCCUUUAUAAAGCUGACUUUCCCUCCAGCCAGCCGCCAGGAGAUGGUGCGCGCUGGCACGCGGCACUGGCGUUUUCCACAGGAGGGGAUGGAGAAGCGCACUAACGCUCUUUCCGUCGCGCCGAAGGGAAAAUAACUUCUUUGCCUCGUUCGUUCCGUUCGUUUGACGUGUUCGCGUUGUUGUGAAGUUUCCUCUCCGACGUUAUAACGCGCGCGCUCGAAUCACACGCGACUCGGCAGGCAGUGGAGAUGCGCGGCGGCGCACGAGCGGACCGUGCCGAGUUUUAAAGCGCAGCGCGUGAGGCGCUUUCGCGGUGUUCACUGAAGGCUUUCUGGGCACUUGGAUGCGCUGGAGGUGCGCUGACCCGCAUAUCAUCACGCUGUUCGCUCCACGCAGAAUUCCACUUCAGAUGGCCGUGACUGCGACUCUUCGGCUUGAGGUGUGAUCAUAUAGAAGAUCUGCUCUCCGCUUCCAGGAUUUUGUUGUUAUUGUUGUUGUUUAAGCCAUUUAACGACUUCUCAGUGCUGUCACGCCAAAUGGAUAUCCAGCCACAAAAAAGAUCAGUGACUAAUCAUCCUAGUAUAGCCUAAACUUUUAAUGUCAAACUUUUAUCCGGCGAUAGGCUACAAAAUGCAUUGAUCGUCUCCUUUUCUUCACUAGGCUACGUGUGCUUCAUUCAGCAAACACAAACCUUACUGUAGCACUAAAACUGCGUUUUGAAAACUGUGGAGGAACACCGCCAUCCUCCCCCGAAAAUGAACCUCUUCGUAGUGAGCAUUCUCCUGAGCCUGGAUCUGGUGGCCGUGGCGCUCGGCUUGUCCACGUGCAGCACCUUAGACAUGGACCAGUUCAUGAAGAAGCGCAUCGAGGCGAUCCGCGGCCAGAUCCUAAGCAAGCUGAAGCUCAGCAAGCCGCCGGAGGAGUUCCCGGAGCCUGAAGACGUGUCCCGGGAUAUCAUCGCCAUCUACAACAGCACCCGCGACCUGCUGCAGGAGAAGGCCAACGAGCGCGCCGCCACCUGUGAGCGCCAGCGCAGCGAGGAGGAGUACUACGCCAAGGAGGUGCACAAAAUCGACAAGCAGCCCUUCUACCCGGCCGAGAAUGUCAUCUCUCCGACCUAUUACAAUCCCUACUUCAGACGGCUCAGGUUUGAUGUGAGCUCCAUGGAGAAGAACGCAUCCAACCUGGUGAAGGCUGAGCUGAGGAUUUUCAGGCUGCAGAACCCAAAGGCCCGUGUAUCUGAGCAGCGCAUUGAGCUUUAUCAGAUCCUGGGCCAUAAGGACCCCACAUCGCCCACACAGCGCUAUAUCGACAGCAAAGUGGUGCGCACUCGUACAGAGGGCGAGUGGCUGUCCUUUGACGUAACUGAAGCGGUCAGCGAAUGGCUACUGCACAGAGACAGAAACAAUGGAUUCAAGAUCAGCCUGCACUGUCCUUGCUGUACAUUUGUGCCAUCAAAUAAUUACAUCAUCCCAAACAAGAGUGAGGAGCUGGAGGCCCGCUUUGCAGGGAUUGAUGAUAACUUCGGCCGCCGUCAUAGUGGCCUGUCUCCACACUUGCUGCUCAUGUUGCUCCCGUCCUACCGCCUGGAGUCCCAGCACAAGAGCCACAGACAGAAACGAGCCCUGGAUGCUGCUUUCUGCUCCAGGAACGUUCAGGACAACUGCUGUCUGCGCUCGCUGUACAUUGACUUCAAGAAGGACCUGGGAUGGAGGUGGAUCCAUGAGCCAAAAGGUUACAAUGCCAACUUCUGUGCUGGAGCAUGUCCUUACCUCUGGAGUGCAGACACCCAACACACUAAGGUUCUUGGUCUAUAUAACACCAUUAAUCCAGAAGCAUCAGCCUCUCCGUGCUGCGUGUCCCAAGACCUGGAACCUCUUACCAUCCUUUACUUCAUUGGAAAGACCCCCAAAAUUGAGCAGCUUUCCAAUAUGAUUGUAAAGUCCUGCAAAUGCAGCUAGGAACUGGCUAAAGCUGCACACACACACAUACACAAACACACACACACACACACACACACACACACUCAUACACUAUAAAUUUUAAUACAGUCACGAACUGUCUCAUUCACACAGGUAUAGAAAUUGCUGUGCAGGCCAGGAACAGAAAUGUACAUUUCCUACAACCAGCGUAUGUAUUUGUACAAAGUGAGCACACAAAGGCGCACACGCAGAGUUUGCACUUAAGUGUGCGCAUACGUGUUUGUGUGUGUAUGUGUGCUGGGGAAAAAAAUGGCCCUUUUAGUACAUCUCAUCUCACACACUCAUCACACCAGGACGUGAGUAUGGCAAACACUGGAAGUACAUGAUUAAGUGUCUACAUGUGAAGUAGUAGAAAAGAGAAUCCCUCAUUUCAGCAAGCAGUUAUAGCAAACUCUGUCUCGUUCUUUAUCUUUCUUUACCUAUGCGUCCCUCCAAACUGUAGUAGCAUUUGUUUUUCGUUAUUUUUUAAAGCUGGUUUUGAUUCUUGGAAAUUGUUGAAGACCUCACUUAUUUAAUGUCAGCGGGGCCCGUUAGUGACUUUCCUGGCUAAGACAUGACAAGAGGAACGGGGAAGGGAACGGUGAAGAGGUUUUUGUGAUACGGGGAAAGACACCAAGGGACUGAAAAUAGUUUUGCUAAAUUCCAUUGCAGCUGAACAAGACGUGAACCGACAUGUGACCGACUGUGAGUUUGGAAAGCAGCAGGUGUGAAGUCUGCCUCAUGAUAUGCCCAGAGUUUAUAAAUAUGCAAUAAAAUGAUUCUUUUUGAACUCGGAAAGUAUGCAAAGUGUAAUGUCGGAGACGCUGUGAAUCAUGCAGUCAAACCAAAACGUUGGCUCUCGGUUUAUCAUUUGUAAUGCUGAGUGAUCAUGAGUACACACUACAGAACACAUUAUAUACUACAGAACAUCUGUCAUGGUUCCAAAAAAGAAAAACUUUCAUGCACAUGCACUCCAACAGAAUCAUGCUAAAAGGCAGGGUUUUUUUUUUUUUUU